GACCACAACUCGGCCACUUUUGCUGUGGCGCUGAAUACAAGUGUCAGGGAGGUGAAGCGGCUGAUCCUACAGAGGCACUGGCCAUCAAGCCCCAACUUGAUUCCAGCCACGCAAGUCGACAGGAUUCGGCUUUUUGCAGCAGGCAAGGAGCUCGGGGGCAAAGGCACAGACGACGUUAAGAGCUUGAAGGAUGCCAAUAUUUUGUUGAGCAAGAACGGCCCAACCCCCGUCCAUGUUAUGGCCGUCCAGAAGGACAUCACAGCGGAGAAGUCCGCAACUACCACCGAAAAUUCGUCCAACUCACUCAAGGUGCUAUUGUACGCUUCUUUGAUGAGUCCUGCGCGGAAGUGCUGGGAUGGGUUUGUGGGUCCGGGCCUUAAUUGUCGUAACGUCGGCAAGCACAUGAGCUGUGGCCCUUGUUCUUUGCCCCGUUGCACGACGGCAAACUUGAGACUCCUCAGGCCAGCGAAAGGGUUACACUGUCUUGGGAUUCCACAAGAUUCGGAGUUUUGCGAGCAGGUUGUUUUGUAG